UGGUCGAUGCCUCGUCGGAAAACUCUCAGGCCCCUUUGUACGGACAGUUGUGCUUUCUGUCUGAAACUGGAUGACAAUCCACUUCUGGGGAACUUCACAAAUAAUGGCGAGUUGAAACUACACACAAACUGCAUUUUUGCGGCAAGUGGCUUGUCUCAAGAGAAAGAAGAAGGCACUACGGACGAAGACUACAUAGAGGGCUUUCAUAUCGAUGCAAUAAAGAGAGAGAUCCGGCGAGGACGGUCUUUGAUAUGCUCAUACUGCCGUAAUCCUGGGGCUUGCGUUGGUUGUGUCAUCAAGUCCUGUCCCUGCACUUUCCAUCUUCCUUGUGUUUCUAAAGCCAAGGGAAUAACAAUAUUUUCCAGUACGUUUCCCUCCUACUGUAGAAGACACGUUCCGAAACAG